AUGACAGCCUUGCGCAUCUUUGGCUUGACGUUUCUGUUAAUGAUUUUGCAGCAGAGGGUGUCCGGCUCUGGCGUCUUCCAGCUGGAGCUGCACGAAUUCGUGAACAGCCACGGGUCUCUGGCCAGCGGGAAGCCCUGCUCCCCCCACUGCAGGACCUUCUUUCGCGUUUGUUUGAAGCAUUUUCAGGCAGUGGUCUCCCCGGGCUCCUGCACUUUCGGCAGCAUCAUCACCCCGGUUCUGGGAAUAAACUCCUUCAGCAUCAAGGAUACGGAGAGAUUUGACAGCCCCAUUAAGCUGCCCUUUAACUUCACGUGGCCGGUGAGAUUCCACUUUAAACCCGAUUGCGAUGCCAUCUGUCUGUCUGGAUGCACUGAGCAGAAUGGAUAUUGCAACAAGCCUGGAGAGUGCAUCUGUCGUCCCGGAUGGCAAGGCCGCUACUGCGAUGAGUGCAUUCCCCACAUAGGCUGCCGCCACGGGACUUGUAAAACGCAGUGGCAGUGCAUAUGUGACGAAGGAUGGGGUGGCCUCUUCUGUGACCAAGAUCUGAACUACUGCACUCACCACAGACCAUGCAAAAACGGAGCAACGUGCAUGAACACUGGCCAGGGCAGCUAUACGUGUUCAUGCAAACCCGGCUUUACCGGCGUUGACUGCGAACAUGAGAUCAGCGAGUGUGACAGCAAUCCCUGUAGGAAUGGUGGUAGUUGCACGGAUAUGGAGAACGGUUAUCACUGCCUCUGCCCCCCUGGCUACUAUGGCACUCACUGUGAGCACAGCGCUUUGACGUGUAUCGAUUCUCCAUGCUUCAAUGGUGGCACGUGCUUGGAAAAAGAACAAGGGGCCAGCUACACUUGCGUUUGCCCUUUCGGCUUCACAGGGUCAAACUGUGAAAAAAAAGUAGACAGGUGCACGAGCAACCCGUGUGCAAACGAUGGUAAUUGCUUUUACCUUGGUCAGAUUCGUGUGUGUCGUUGUCGGGCUGGUUUCUCUGGUCAGAAGUGUGAGAUAAACAUCAAUGAUUGUGCCAGAAACCCGUGUUCCAAUGGGGGAACUUGUCACGACCUGAUCAACGACUACACCUGCACGUGCUUGCCAGGCUACAGUGGCAGGAACUGUGACAUCAAAACCAGAGAUGAAUGUGCUUCUGGGCCAUGUGAGAACGGAGGCACAUGCUACAGCGGGCUUUAUAGUGCCAACUUUGUCUGCUACUGUCCUUCUGGUUUCAUGGGCAACCGCUGCGAAUUGCCAGUUUAUCCAGUGCCCGUGACACUUCCUCCUAAACCAGUCCCGUGGAUUGCUAUAUCCAUGGGGGUGGGACUGGUGGCUUUGCUCAUACUGUUCUGCAUGAUAGCAAUGGUCAUCAGGCAGAUGAGGAUGCACCCGGAGCAGGACUUGGAGACAAUGAACAACCUGUCUGACUUCCAGAAGGACAAUCUCAUUCCAGCUUCCCAGCUCAAAAACACCAAUAAAAAUAAAGACCUUGAAGUGGACUGUGGGCUGGAGAAAUCAAACUACAAACCCAAGAAUCAUAAACUGGACUACAAUCUGGUAAAAGACCUGACAAGUAGAGGGGCACAGGAAGAGAAAUACUACAAAAGUGAAAAGUGUUUAGGAGAAAAGUCUCCCCUCCGACUACACAGUGAAAAGCCAGAAUGUAGGAUAUCAGCGAUAUGCUCUCCGAGGGAUUCAAUGUACCAGUCCGUCUUUGUGAUAACAGAAGAAAGGAACGAGUGCAUCAUAGCCACAGAGGUAUAAGACUGAAGAUCAGCCCAUUU